UUGAACUCCAAUCAAUUGAGCUGAAAAAUGGCUUCUAUGGUCCAGUUUCCUUCAAUUUUCCUAUUGCUUCUCAUUACACUUGGCAGCACGUCUGCACAGCUCUCCAGUAACUACUAUUCAAAAACUUGUCCAAAUCUCUUCAACGUGAUUAGACCAGUAGUCCAGGCGGCAAUCUCGAAGGAGAAACGCAUGGGAGCUUCGCUUCUUCGCCUUUUGUUCCAUGACUGCUUCGUUCAGGGUUGUGAUGCCUCUCUGCUUUUGGACGAUACUCGAAAUUUUAAAGGAGAGAAGAACGCAAAACCAAACAAGAAUUCAGUGCGGGGAUUUGAGGUUAUUGAUCAGAUUAAGACGGCGGUGGAAAGAGUUUGCCCUGGGGUUGUUUCUUGUGCUGAUAUCUUGGUUAUUACAGCAAGAGACUCGGUUGUCACUCUGGGAGGGCCUACGUGGAGUGUUAACUUGGGGAGGAGGGAUUCAAGGACUGCAAGCUUCAGUGGAGCUAAUAACAAUAUUCCGCCACCUACAUCCAGCCUGAGUAACCUCAUCUCUAAAUUCUCUGCUCAAGGCCUUUCUACCAAGGACAUGGUCGCCCUAGUUGGGGCACACACAAUAGGACAAGCUCGGUGCACAACCUUCAGGAAAAGGAUCUACAAAGAAAAGAACAUUGAUGCCUCGUUCGCACAGGCAAGAAAGUCCAACUGUCCUAAAAGCUCUGGAGACAACAACCUUUCACCAUUAGAUCUACAAACUCCCACAGGCUUUGACAACAACUACUACAAGAAUCUCAUCAAUCUGAAAGGCCUUCUCCACUCUGAUCAACAGCUCUUCAGUAAUGGUUCUACUGACUCCCAAGUUCAGUUCUAUGCCCAAAACACAAACUCCUUCAACAAUGACUUCGUUACUGCUAUAAUUAAGAUGGGAAGUAUAAACCUUUUAACUGGUUCUAAUGGAGAGAUAAGGAAGAAUUGCAGGAAGAUUAAUUAGUUAAAAGUAGUCUAUUAAGUUAAUAAUAUGAAGUCAUGGUGAAAUGGAUUCUGGUUAGCUAAGUAUGUGUCGUUUAUGUGUAUUGUGAUUUUUUUUUUUAUGGUUUUGUUUGCGUGUGCGUUGUCUUGCGGCCCGCUGAUUGAGGCGAGAGUUUCUCUCCCCGUAUCUUUGACUGUGACUAAUUUCGCCUAAUGGCUCAUAGAAUUGUUAUUUGUUGUUAAGUCUUUUGUAGCCUAUU